AAAGGUAAUCACAAGUCAGCUCGCUGUUCGACUCCACGAUUCGGCACAGCUUAUUUUUAGGGAAAUAAACGGCAGGGAAGAUGGUCAUGGCGAUGGCGAUCGCCACGGCCACUAGUGCUCUAUCGAGGCGUUAUUCUGGUCUAGCUCCUCAUGUAUUCUCUACCAUUUCCCCAACACCCUAUGGUUUCUUCUUCUCCACUUCGACCUUAAAUGAAAGCUUCUCUAUCCGUUCACACGCGCUCCGUCCUCUGACGCCGCCGUCAGACGGCAGCGAUAUCGGAGACGAUGAUACAGGGCUGAAAAAUAGCAGAGAUUCUUUCAAGAAGAGUCGCAAUGAGCUCAAGAGAGAGGCUCGCCGGGCUGUUCGCUGGGGGAUGGACCUCUCGACGUUUUCCCUUCCGCAGAUUAAAAGCAUACUUAGGGCUGCUUCUCUCGAACGAGAGGUGUUGGAUGCCAUUUUGCUGGUGAAGAGAUUGGGUCCUGAUGUUCGAGAAGGAAGGAGGCGGCAAUUUAAUUUUAUUGGAAGGCUUCUGCGGAAAGCACAGCCUGAAUUGAUGGAUGCUUUGAUUCAGGCAUCAAGAGAUGGCGACAAAAGUAAGUUACAGGACCGUACAGGUCAGGGAACAUCAUCUAUUUUUGGUAAUGAUGAUGACGAAGAAGAUAUCGAAUCUGAGUUAGAGGAAGGUGAAAAUUAUAUGAAAUUGGCAGAUAAAUGGCUUGAUGGCCUAAUUCGCAAAGAUCCAACAGUAACAAAUGAAGUUUAUUCGAUUCAUUCUGUUGAUUUUGAUCGGCAGGAACUGCGGCGGCUCGUCCGGAACGUUCAAUCCAUUCUGGAACCAUCACAAACUGAUCAAAUUGAGUUGGAGGGUGAUGAUAAGCUCAAUGAGGCGAAGAAAUCCCUCCUUCGCUUCUUGCGUUUAUUAGCGAAGAAAUUAUCGGCCGAGUUACAGGUAGGUUACAAUGGGUAUAACGCAGAUAUAACCCUCCGAUACCCGCUGAAUAACCUCCCUGACGUACGCAGCGCUUUACUUACGCAAAUUUUUCUCCAUAUUUCCUCUCUUGUGUGGACUCGGUAGUAAUUCAGUAACAGAAAUGUUCAACCUUGAUGUGAUGGAAUUUGUGCUUUGCUUUUAUAACAUGCUUUCUCUCUCUAUAUCUCUGAUUGAUCUUUAACUCUCCACGAGAAAGAGAUGGAGAGAGAUUACAUGUUUUGCAUCCAAAAAUUUUAUAGGAAGAUUUACAUAAA